AUGGGGACCCCACGGGCGCCCUGGCCUCUUGUCUGGGCCGUGCUGCAGCUGGGCUGGUGGCCAGGAUGGCUCUUAGACUCCCCCUACAGGCCCUGGAGCCCCCUCACCUUCUCCCCGGCCCAGCUCACGGUGCUCGAGGGGGAGAACGCCACCUUCGUCUGCCACCUGCCCGACGUACCCGAGAGCUUCGUGCUCAACUGGUACCGCGUGAGUCCCCGCAACCAGACGGACAAGCUGGCCGCCUUCCAGGAGAACCACACCGAGCCCGGCAAGGACAGGCGCUUCCGCGUCACGCGGCUGCCCAGCGGGCAGGACUUCCACACGACCAUCCUCGCCGCCCAGCUCAACGACAGCGGCAUCUACCUCUGCGGGGCCAUCUACCUGCCCCCCAACACGCAGAUCUAUGAGAGCCCACGAGCGGAGCUCACUGUGAAAGAGAGAGUCCUGGAGCCCCCCACAGAGAGUCCCAGCCCCCCACCCAGACUCACCGGCCAAGGCCAGGGGCUGGUCGUGGGCGUCACAAGCGUGCUGGUGGGUGUCCUGCUGUUGCUGCUGCUGACCUGGGUGCUGGCUGCGGCCUUCCCCAGGGCCACUCGAGGUGCCUGUGCCUGCGGGAGCGAGGACGAGCCUCUGAAGGAGGGCCCCUCUGCGGCACCCGUGUUCACCGUGGACUACGGAGAGCUGGACUUUCAGUGGCGAGAGAAGACGCCCGAGCCCCCCGCCCCCUGCGCCCCCGAACAGACCGAGUAUGCCACGAUCGUCUUCCCCAGCAGGCCGGGCUCCCCGGGGCCCCUGCCUCUGAGGCCCGAGGACGGACCCUGCCCUUGGCCCCUCUGACCGGCUUCCUCGGCUGGCCUGCCAGGAGCCCGGGCGGACCCUUCCCCGGAGGAGCGUGCCGUGGGGAGGCUGUGGGGACUGCCAGCUUGGCUCUCCUCUCGCCGCUCACGUGACCCGGGGGUAGGAGGUGUCCCCGUCCCGUGUGGCCGUGUGGCGGUGGGGAGGGGACUCGGGGCCCGAGCCGGCCCAUCGCUCCCCAGAUCUGCUGCUCUGCACCUCCACACACGCCUCCCUGCGGGGGAUGGUCUGGCGCUGCGGCUCUCCCUGACCCACCAAUGCCUCCCAGGGGAGCUCCAGGACAUGGGCGCACAGGGUCCCUGGUUGGGGACUGUGCCGGUGAAGUGCCCCCACGGCCAAGAGAUGCAGCACACGGGUGGAGGGGCACACGCAUGAGGUCCGGGACCUCGUGCCCCUCCGGGCCUGGAAAAGAGCUCCUGGUGUGGGGAAGGGCAGGCCGUCCGUGGGCCACCCUCAUGCACAGCCCAGCCCACCAAACAGCCUGGGGGCAGGGGGGCAACAAGGGGAACGGGCCCCAGCUGGGGAGUCGCCCUCCCCUCGGUGCCCAUGCAUGGUGCUAUUUAUGGGGGCCUCCGCCCGGCACCCCCCGGGCCCACUGUCACGGCGG